AUGAUUAGAGAGAAUAUUGAUUUGCUGCCUUCUGCAUGCUCCCCACUGGGGAUCAAGUCUAAAACCCAUGCAUGUGCUCUUGACUGGAAUCAAACGUGGGACCCUUCAGUCCGAAGGUCCACGCUCUACCCAGAGCCAAAUCAUCUAGGGUUAGGUACCAUUCCUAAUACAAUAUUCAAAAAUUUCAAUAUGCAUUUGUAUUUCUAUGAAAGCUUAAAUUUUAAGAGAUUGAACUGCCUAUACCUUGUGUACUUACAAAAUGACCAUGAAAAAAUUUUUAUUUAUUCUACAUACCUGAAAAUGAAGGAGGAAAAAACAAUUUUAUAA